AUUGAGGAAUUUGUGCGAUCUUCUGGAACAUGGAUUACAAGAGGAAUUAUGGCGUCUGCUUCGAUGCUAUUUGCGCCAAACUUGUAUUUUACAAUUUUGCAAUACAUUUCUAUAUGCCAAGAACAAGAUGACACCUCCACGAUGAAACGAAUCCUAGUCGGAGUCGGAGUAACGGUAAAGAACGUGAUUGGGAUUAGUGAAUCAUUUUACAUUUUCUGGAUGGCUGCACUAAUUCAAGGCAUACAGCUCGGAUUUGUGGUACUCGAACAAAAUUUCAAAGGCAACAGCAGCAAACAUGAAAUUAAAUCUGAACCAGAAUUUGAGGAACACGUCGAAAACAUUAACAAUUUAAAAUCCGUCGUGGAGAAUUUCGGGAUGGUUUUCUCCCUUCAGAUAAUUUUGAUGAUGUUGAGUUACUCGGUAAUUUGGGCGAUUGAUAUCUUCCUCGUGAUCAAUAAGGCCGUAACUGCGUUUGGCGUGGGGGACCUCGUACUUGAUGGAAUUGUCGUGGCGAUGGCGCUGUUCAUGUGCAAUAAUUCGGUCAUCCUCGUCUUAUUGGCGAUUGUAUCACAAAACUUGGGAGAACAGGCGGGAAGAACGAUAGAUUUAUUUGGACAGUAUGGAUUCGACAAGUACUCUGAGGAGUUGAGAGGAAAGUUGCAAGGAUUCUUUAGCGUCAUGUCCCCUACGAUAGUAACGCAUGGUUUCUACAUUUGUCCUGGGAAUUAUUUCAGUCUCAACAAGAGGACUGUGACUUCGGUAUUUGGAUUUCUCACAACCUAUGUUUUUGUGCUUCUGCAGUUCCAAGGGACAGAAAAAUAAGUUAUACCAUUCCUAUUUACGAAGCACCUAUUUUAUCCACUUUAAUUUCAGUAAAUAGAUAUAUGUACUCAUUUAUGAAGUAUAUAUGUGUAUUCACAUACAAGGGUGUAUGUGAUGUAGUUAUCAGUUAUUGCGUAAGUUCAUAUAAGAAGUAUUUAUUGUGAAUUAAAUAUGGAUUAAACUUCAAGUUAACUUGAUCAGAAACACAGAAGUUAAGAAAUGUGUACGUAUAAUUAGUUUUGGAGUAGUACAUACAUAAUACAUAUAAAGUUGGAUUUGCCUGUUACAUAUUUAAUAAACAAUUCAAAACAGAGUUAAAUAAUAUCUCAUGCAUCGAGUUUAAUGUUUCUUUCCUAGACAAACACUGUCGCACCUAGAAAGCGUUUCCAUAUGAAUAUGAAACUCUUCAUUCUACAUAUGUAUAAAGCAUAGAUAGUUACAUAUGAAUAUUAUCCAGAUAAGUAUCUAAUA